UGUUAUGGAAUGGACGUCAAACGUCAUCUCACACGUAUAAAACUUUAUCGUAAAUAGUUUGUUUUAUUGCGAUUUGUUACCAAGUUAUAUUUAUGAUGUGUAUGGAAUACUAGUUGUCUAAUUACUUGUAUUGUAUUUUAUUUUUAGUUGUACGGUGAUAGAAGUUAGUGGCACAGAAAGUUUAGAGAUUGAUACACCGGAUGACCUGUUACUUGCAAACACUGUAAUAAAAACUAACUUGGUACCUCGUCUAAGAUAAUAGUUUGUCCAAAAGAAGCUGUCAUACAAAAGAGUGUAUUAUGUCAGUGGUGACCGAGGAGGUGACAUUUGCAGAAUUGGAAGCAACAGAUGUUAUAAGUGUAGAGCUCGUACCAGAACGUAAAGGUCUCAUACUGAAGCAUUGUGAGUACUACGUCAGUUCUAGAAGACAUGGUACUACAGUAUCACGAAGAUACAAUGAUUUCGUUCAGCUAUAUGACAUCUUGUAUGCUAAGUAUCCAUAUCGUGCCAUAUGUCGACUGCCACCAAAGCGUGUGGUAGUUGGGGGAGGCAGCUCAAAUUUCUUGUUGCGGCGCCGUGCCGCUCUGCAGCGCUGGCUGACUCUGGUCGCGCGGCACCCUGUUCUGGCGCAUGAUGCUGACCUCAGGGUGUUUCUCUGCGAAAGCACAUUACGACUGGAGAAACCCAAACAUGAUGAAUUUAUUCUGGCUGGCACUCAGGAAGAUAAUCUGAGCGAGGUGACGACACAAGAGUUGCAGGCCGCGUUCGAGAGCGAGCAGGAACCGCUGCAACUGGCACAACUCGCCCUCGCCAGGCUCACGCAAAUAUUUGAAAAAGUGCAAGAAAGAUGUGAAGCCGAGAGGAGUGACAUGCGGGAGCUGGGCGCGGCGAUGAGCGGGCUGGGCGCGGCCGCCGGAUCCGGUGCCGACCCGCAACUGGCCGCCGCCGCGCAGUACGUGUCUGCGGCGGGCGCGCGUGACUGUGUGUGUGUGUCGCGCGGCCUGCACGGGGAGCGCGCGGCCGCCGCCGCCGCACCGGCCGCGCCGCGCGCGCUGCAUCUGCGACACCGUUACGCUUUGCGCGCUGCUCUGCAGGAGGGCCGCGUGGCGCGCGCGUACGUGUGCGCGGCGCGGGGCUCGCUGGGCGGGCUGGCGGGCCGCCGCGCCGCCGCGCACGCCGCGCGAGCUCAGCUCUGGACCGACCUCGCACGCACACUCGCGCUCUAGCCGCUAGUCUCCUUCUACAGCUAAGUCGUGACAUGCUAAUUACACCUGAUGGUACUUACAACCAUCAUAAACUGCAGAUACCUACUGGCAGUUUUCAACUUGCAAAGAAUACGAUGUGGGAUGACUAUGGCUACAAUCAGAUAUUAUGUAGCAAUAAGCUAAACCAUUAGUUUUAAGUUUCAGUCUCGAAUACAUUCCUGAAUCUAAUCUACGGAACUCGAAUUUGCUCAAUACAUUGAUAUCACCUGUUAACAGUCCUACAGUUGUUCAAAGACGUCUUUAGAACCUGAACUUUCUAAAGCUAAUAAUUAAUGUGAUACUCAUAUUUCCACCAAUGGGGGCUGACGUAUUUUUUUCACCGGAUGGCGUAAAUGUAGAAAAAUGAUUUUUUGUCCAGCAUCACAGAGUCGAUAACGAUACGAUACGAUAUAACGAUAUGUAACGAGUUGACACUAGCGGCACCCAGUCCGCUAAAAUACGAUAGGUCCCAUUAUCUUAAUGCGAUCUCCAACCCACCAGACAAGCGUGUACAUUUCUACUUAAAUAUGUAGAUGUAACGCAUAGUUCUUGGGAUUGUCGCGGGGUGCUGAUCGUGUUAUGAUCAUCAUUGUUCAUGUUUCGAUAAAAAUAUUUUGAAGGUAUUGUAUAUAAAAUAUUUUAAUAAAACGUUUAUUGACGUCGAUGUUUAGCAAUCUCAUUUAAGUGAAACAACACAAUUAUGUAUAGGUAAAUAAACCAUUAGAUAAUAUGAUAAUAACUAUAGGUAUUACUUUUGUUUCUUUUAUGUUAUUGUAUCGUUAUUGUUUGACAAAUAUAUCUUCUAUACACCGAAUCUAUUGUUUGGUAUUUG